AUGUUGGAAAGAUAUGAAAGUUUAUUUUGCAAUAAGAUUAUUACUAAAGUAGUAGUCUAUUUUUAUUUUAAAAUGUUUCAAAUGAAAUCAUUUUUUAAAAUAGUAUGUCCAUGUUUUUCUGACUUGUUUGAUGAUGAGACUCCUUUAAUUGGUGAUGAUGUAAUUAAUCAUGAAAAUGGAACUAAUUGCCAACUAAAUCAAAGAGAACAACAAAAUAUUGAAAGAGAAAGUUUAAGAAGAUCUUCAUCAAUGAGAUACAAUAAUUCACGUUUUAAUAAAAAUGAUUUUAAAAGAGAUGAAGAAACAGAACGUGCAUUACAACAAAUACUUGACAGAACAAAAGAGAGAAUGAUAAAUUUUAAUGAAUUUAAUGAAGAAAUAAAUUUUGAAAAACUUAGAAGUAUGAUGGAUAAUGAAAAAUAUUUGAAAGAAAUAAAUGAUCAUGAUAAAUUAUCUAAAGAUACUAUUAAAAAAGAUUGUCUUUUGGAGCCAACAUUUGACGAUGAAAAUUUAGUAGAUUUGCUAACAAAUGCAAGUGCUUUAUCUGAAAGUGAUUCGGUAAACAUUAAUAAAAUGUUAAAAGAUUUUAAAACUUCACUAAAAACAGUUAAUUCAAUUAAUUUUGAUGAACCAUUGGUGGUAUAUAUGGAUCUUUAA